UAUUCUACUGUAACAACAGUACCAACCAUGCCACCUACACAUCAACAACACUCUCACCUUGAAUUCCCUUCAUAUCCAUAUCCAAAUUAUUCCAACUACUGCAACUAUUACCAAAACACAAGUCUACCACCCUCCACCAUCACCCACACUACCACUCAUACCUUGCAACAACAAGCCGUACAACCUCCCCAUUCAUAUUCACAACCUGCAAGUCCAAAUGCAGAAAUUGUUCAGAGAUCUUGCAAUGAGAUUUUAGAAUUUAUUGAAGAAUUUCGAAAUGAGAUGAAAGAAUCAUUUCAAGAUAUCCAAGAAUCCUUUCAAGAAGUUUCUGAAUUGCUAAAAUCACGGACAAAGAAUAUUCAGAAUGUUUUCUCCACUUUGAGACGGGAUUUACAAGAGAAAAUUGAAAAGGAGAAAGAAGAAGAAGAUGCAAAAGACCCAACAGAAAGUGAAGAAGUUCUAGAACCACUUGAAGAAGAAAAGCAAGUGAAAGAUGAAGAAAAGGUGAAAACAGAAAGUGAAAAAGAAAAUAAUCUUUCUCCAAUACCACCAGAAAUUGGGGUUUUUACGGUCUCUGAUCUUCCAUCGCCAAAAUCGCCGGAACCAAAUCCGCCGGAGACAAAAUCACCGGAGAAUAGCUUCUUCAUCAUGCUUCCUCCACCUCCGAAACCACCAGACCUACAGUUUCCGUCAGAAAGCUUCUCAGCUAUGCCUCCGGCGAUUCGGCCGCCGUUGAAACCGCCAGAUCCAUCACCGAGUUUUCUCAUAUCUCAGUCUCAUCUUCGAACACCACUGUGCUUCUCAAAGUCACCGCUCAUCAACUCACUACCACGGCCACCGGAAAAUGUUUCUUCUCUAACUCUGGCGCCUCCGCCGUCAUUGAAGCCACCGUUUACCAACCAAACUCUAUCACAACCACCUAAUUCGUCACCGUCGUUAUUGAGACCGCCAGCAAAGCCACCGGAUUUAAAGUCAGGCGUUGAAUUGCAACUUAUUAUGCCAAUGGUUAAACACAAAUACUGCUUAUUGUCCUUUCUCCAUCGUGACACCCAGAGAGUUUUUGCACUGUCCGAUCAACAGGGAGCUUCAACAAAUGAAUCUCAGCCGUGCAUACAAAUCACAAUUCGCUUGCAGCCUUCUCCACCAACAGCGAGUUGCCACGUGUCCAAUUGUUUGUCUCCCACCUUCACCCAAGCACGUGAUGUAGGACUAGUACUGGUGUUUCUGCCUAUAUCUAUUUUCCAUGUGCCAGUUGUUGUCCUUUUGCAGGAUUUCAAAUCCACCCCAUCCUUAUGUGACACUAUUAGUACUAACCCAUUCACAACUUCCCACGUGUUUGGAUUUCCACCUUUUCACAAUCCAAUUUGCAAGAACAAAAUUCAAGUGAUGUGCAAACAAUUAGUCUCCACCGAAACAAUUUUGGGUCGCCAAACAAUGGCCCAAUCUUUUUGCUAUGCACAAAUCUUCAUGGACAAAAAUCAUGUGUUACAAGCCUCACCACAACUCAUUUCAGUUGAUCUGCUCCACAUUCGUCCGGCUCGUAAACCUCCCGACUCAUAUCCGAACCUUGAGGACAAGGUUCAAGUGAACCCGGCGGCAAUGAUAGAAGAUUAAUAGUAGUUAAUUAAAUAAUUAUUAGGUUUAGCUUAGUGUAGCUUG